UACAAUUUUUAAAAAUUGUAUUUUUACUGCGUUGACUUUGUUCAAUACAUUUUUUUAUCCAGUAUAUUAUUAAAAUAUUUAAUUUAUUUAAAGAAUUUCUAUUGCACCGUUUGUGAUUACUGUAAUGCAAUUUUUAACUGACAGUUUGUGACCGUUCAGAGUUUACGCGACAAGGGUGUAAACAUUUGACACGAAAUAAUCUAUCUAAAUAGAUUGUUUUCUUUUUGAAAUCGUUCGGAGUUAAAACUUGUAUAUACAGUUUAUCCGUUUUAUUGUAUGGAAUUAAAUUGAACUUUAAGCUAUCGUGGCCUCGCUAUGAAAAUCAGCAGGUCGAUAAUCAAGAGAGAAAGAAAGAGAGAGGAUGAAAACAAACAAUAUGUGUAAUAUGUUAAAAUGUUUUAAUGCUAAUACCAUUCGUAACUGUUGCUAUAUCGUCACAGUAGGUAUCGAUUGUGUUUUUUAAUAAUGUUAUUAUAACAAGAUUGUGUAUCGCUACAGUUAUGUUACAUAGGAAGUCCUAAACGUUUACAAACAUACUCAUAAAUAAUAAUAAUUACCAAUAAAAACUAUUAACGACAGUCGUUAUUUCGAACAAUAAGAAUACAUUUGCUGUAGAAGAAAAAAUAGCAAAUCCGCACAACUGUAAAAUAUUACAAAAUUCGAUAAAUAUUUCUGUCAACACUAUUUAUAUAAAUAUAUUGUCUUGAGUUUAUAAAACAGGGUAAUUGCUUGUAACCACAUUCUACUUGUAUGUUUUGUGCGUAAAGUUCGGUAAUUUUUAUCAUUUUCAACACGAUAAAUUGAAUGGCAACAUAGAAUGGAGUUUUUUUUUUUCAAUUAUUUCUAUAUUGAAAGCAUAAUGUUUUAUAAUUAAAAAAUACGUUUUUUUUUUUAUAUACUCGAGAGUUUUUUCGAGUUUUAAUGAAAAUUCGUUGAAGUUUUUCCGUCUCGAAUAGUUUUGAACGUUUCAAAGUAAACUAGUUACUUAUUUGUGUUAAAUUUGUAAAGUAGUGAGUCAUCCGAAAGUUAAAAAUAAAGUAGACAAUUGCUUUUCAAUACGCAUAUAGAAUUUUUUGACAGAGUAUUUUUUUAUUACUCAUAAGUAGCGCGUAUACUGUAGCGGAUUGAAUUACCGAGAAGUACCACUUUACUGGAGAGUUCAUUUAGGAGCAGCACAACAGGAGUCUAUUUUAUCAAUACAACGGCGAAAAAUUCAAGUGUUUGUGGUGACCGGUGGACAAAUUAGUUGGGUUUAAAAGCGGAAUACUCGUGUGCGGCUAAGGCGACGGGAACCAGUGGCGGCGGCGGCGGACCUUGGCCCGGGCGCGUUAUCAUCCGCAGCGUGCGGUAUAAACGAGAUAAUUGAAAGGCCAUGUCCACUGUCGACACAGCGUGUGAUAAGGGCCUCCCACCGCUACUGCAACUUUGUUAUUUUGUGUCCCCCACAUAUUGACAGUUUUCCAAACGGUGUUCCAUGGCUUGGUGACAUCGAAGCCACCAGUCGCAGAUAUAAUUUCACGUUCGACGAGUGACGUGCGGUACCGAGUGUUCGUGUGUGCGUCCGAGCCGCGUACAAGUUUUCGAUCUUUAAAAUGGAUCUGCCACCGCCGCCACCGUCUGGGAGCGGCGGCUUUUUGUCAAACCGCCGGAUCAAGCUGACGGCCGUUUUUCCGAUGAUCAUCGGCACUCGGCAUCAGCGGAACAUCUCCAAGUCGGACUCCUCAUCGCUGGAGAAGAGCGGUCGGCCGCCGCGUAAGCCAUCACUGCCCAAGUCUUCGCGUCAACCGCCCGUAACGGAACGUGUUUCACCGACCGCCGCCGACACGGCUCGAAACAGAAUCCGACGCGGUUCCAGUCUCACCGAUCUCAACAGAUCCGAUUCUCUGGCAGAUUCCAAUGGAAGUUUUGGUGACCUAAUGAAUCUAAAGCGGUUUUACGAUGAUUCUUCAAUUGGCUCUGCCGAGAAUUUGGUUGCUCGAGCCGUACCCUUGUCUACGGUUUUUUGCAGUCGUCACCAUUAUGGUAGUGGUGGUAUUGGAUCCGAAGAGAGUAUAUUGGCCAUCGAGACUGGAGCUGUGACGGCACCCAGCACGCCUUCGGCUUAUCAUCAUAGGACAAGAUUCGACUUGCAGCCCCGUAGAUAUGCCUUAGCGGAACACCAUAAAGCCGAUCAAAGUCACUAUACAACAGCAGGCAUCGGGAUACGGGCCAAGCAACAGUCCCGGGCCGAUAUGACCAGCCAGCAACGCAUCGAACGAAUGUCCAGAAUCAUGAAGCAAAACCACCAUCGAGUCGAACCCUCCCGAUUCCGGCACACCUUGACUUUAUGUAUAGCGGGCGGUAUCAACUGCACGGCACGGCGUCGGCUUAAUUUGUUGAAUUGCAGUGCAUCGGCACGCACGUCAAACACACUGUGCCAGCCAAACCCAUCGACGUUAUUGUUAUAUGAUAGGCCUUGAGCUAACAUACCGUGUUCCUUAAAAAUUGUUUAAUCCAGAUAAUGGUUACAAUAGAGAGGUUCUCAAAGAGAAUAUUAUUAUAUUCACAAAUGUUUAAGGAUCUGACUGGUUUUUAUUUGUUAAAAAAAUAAUAAUUACUACACUUGUGCACUGUUGUUUGAAUUACACUUAGAUGAAAUGUUUAAAACAGAA